UAAUUAUUACUACCAACUUUAGGUUUGAUUGAUUCUGUAUAUAUAUACUUUCUUCAUAAGUCAUAUCAUUCAAAUCUAGACACAUUACAUAAUAUCAUAUAUCCACCAUGUUGAGGAAUUCCAUACGUCGUUCAUCUACGAACACUGCAUCCAAAUCAUCAUCUAUUCCAUUUCAACCAGUUCCUAUAAAUAAAUAUAAUCAAACUAGAUCUCCCUUCAAUUUCAAACCUACUAAGGAUAAAUCUAAAAACUUACAAGGAUUAAUAUAUAAUCCUCCUGCAUCCAUAUUCAAACCAUCGAAAACCCCCCUUGCUUUCCUUCCUCCUAAUGAUCCAAGAAGAUUAUUACAAAAUAAACCCACUUAUACUAAAGAUGAAUUAAAUAAUUAUCCCAUCAUACAGAAUUAUCAACCUCAAAAUGAAAGAGAUUAUUCCAUCACUCCUGAAAUCAUUGAUGAAAUUAAACGUUUAAGAUUAGAAGAUCCAAAUGUAUGGACUAUUGCUAAAUUAAGUACCAAAUUUAAUAUUUCUCCUCAUAGAAUCAAUGUAUUUUCAGGAAAAUUAGAUACUGAAUUAACUAAAGAUGGUGAUUAUCAAUGUAUUAAACCAACUCAAAUUAAGAGAAAAGAAGAACGAGCUAAAAGAGUUAAAUUAUGGUUAAGAAAUGAAUUUUAAUUGAAAAGCUUUUUUUACCACUCCCUUGUACAUAUAUGUAUAUAAUGAUGGGUUCUAUCCCAUCCCAUACUGUAAUUAGCUUGUCUAUAUUAACACUACCUCAGUAUACACUCCUCCACCCCUUAUUAUACAAUAACCUUGCAUUAUAUACCCAUUUAUCAUUGUAGUUAGUAAAGUUGUAGAACUUCAAAUCAUAUUGGUAAGUACACUUCCUUCUUUUGCUAACUAAUUUUUUUUUCUUCUCGUUGGUUUGAACAAUUAGAAGUAUGAAGAACCUUUACUUGAUCAAUAGACUUCCAUACCAUAUAGAUAUAUCAUAUAAUAUAAUCAUCAUGUCGGAAAGAAGAAAUAACAAUAAUAAUAAUAAUCAACAG